AUUCUCUUUGAUUUCAUUGUUUACGUUAUUGGUGUCGGGUUGUUUUGUAUUUUAUUUAUGUCGAUAAAACGUAUAAAAUCGUAGAAAUGAAGGUGUAUUGUGGAUAUAUUUCGAUAAAUCCAAUCACGGUAUGUCGAGCGUGCCUGCAGGCGUGCGGGUCGCUGAACUCUGCGACGAACACAGAGUUAGAAGCGCUGCGAAACAUCGUUGGAGAGGGUCUACACAAUGAAGUGAAUAUUAAAGUGUGCCUGUACUGCAGUAGUCUGCUGAGGAAGUUGGCAAGAUUUACCCGAGUGUGUAGGCAGGCCAACUAUGUUCUGCAAAAAUCUGCAAACCAGGUAUUCCCAGAUACUAUUCCUCCAUUCCACACCUUCACUGCAUCUGAAACACACACAGUACAGUAUCCCGAGUACAGUGACGAUGAUCAGAGCAACUUGAAAGUUGAGUCUGGUGAUGAUGGGCCUGCUGCAGCUGAUGAUCAUGAUGAUGAUGUUGAUGAUGAAGACACUCCACUGUCUAUGCUGAGCAAAGAUGCCACAGAGAUUGAACCUCAAAUAAAUGAACCUAAAGAAGCGUCCUUAGAAAUUAAACAGGAACCCUCAGACUUAGAUUUUGAUGCCAAAAUCCAAGAGAAAGACUAGAAACAUACGAAAAGAAAACAAAAGAAGAAGACAAAGAAUGUAAAGACUGUGACAGAGAAUAAGACAGAGCUACGCGAGGGAUUCAGCAGCAGAAUGGUGCAGGAGACCAAUGAAUACAGAGUUAUUAAGUUAACUAAAGAACAGAUCCUCCAAGAGCUCCAAGCCAAGCGCGACUCCCCGGCCUACACCCGCGCCCCCCUACACUGCGCCCCGUGCGCGCGCGCCUUCAACCACGAGGACGUGAGGAGGAACCACAUGGAGAAGCACAGCGAGUCGCGCGGCCCCCUCGUGUGCGACAUCUGCACUCAGCGCUGCCCCUCCGCCGUGUCGCUGCGCGGACACCACAAGUCACACGCCACCAGAUACCAGUGCAAGGUGUGCGGCUGCGUGCGUCUCUCCCGCCAGCACCUGCUGGAGCACCACGACGCGGCGCACGCGCACGCACGCGUGUACACCUGCACGCACUGCGCGCGCACCUCCCACAAGCGCACAGUGAUGCAGCGGCACGUGCGCACACACACACAGCGCCCCCGGCCCCGCUGCGAGCAGUGUUCGCGAGUGUUCAGCUCCGUGGACACCCUGCGCGCGCACGUCAAACGCCACGACGCAUCAAACCUCCUCCCGUGCCCGCGCUGCUCCAAGACCUUUGUCUACGCGUCACUACUGGAGACGCACGUGCGGCGCGCGCACGAGGCUCGGGACUACUACUGUGUGGAGUGCGACGUGGCCUUCAACUCACCCGACAAUCUGAGAAUUCACUUCAAGAAGACGAAACGGCAUAGAGACCCGGCUACGUACAAGCCUCCCUCUCCGCCGGCGGGGCGCAACUUCGCGUGCCAGCUGUGUCCGCGCACCUACACCUCCUCCAACUCACUCAGAUGUCACAUGAAGCGGAACCACUCUGAGAAGAAGCCGCCGACGCACGCCUGCCCCGUCUGUGAUAAAGUGUUCUCGCAAAAGAGCGUCCUAACCCGCCACCUCGUCGUGCACACGGGCGCGCGCGCGCACGCCUGCCCGCUGUGCGCGCGCCGCUUCGCGCAGCCGGCUACCCGGGACACGCACUAUAGGAGGGUGCAUGCACAGGUCUAA